AAUUAUUGUUUUAUAAAAUUUAUAUAAUUAUUAUAAUUAAUUAAUAUUUUAAAUAUGGAGAUGUAAAUUCGUUGUAAAAUUCCACGUUAAGUCCUCGUAACGUUUACGAGGAAUUUACAUGGAGUCGUUGUAAAGUCCUCGUAAAGUUUACAUCGACUUUACGUGGAAGCCUUACGUGGCUUUUACAACGAACUAUUACGAGGUAUUUACAUCGUCAUUUACGAGGGCAUUACGACGAAUAGUUUCCUUCCGCUUUACGAGGAAUUGACUUCCUCGUAAACGUAACUAGGACUUUACGACGAAACCUCCGUUACGACGAGCGUUUAACAACGAAACGCGUAUCGAUGUUAAUUCGUCGUAAAGCCCCUAUUACGACGAAUUUACAACGAAUACCGCCCUCGUAAAAAAUAUGUUUUCUUGUAGUGUCGGUGAAAAAGGAAGAAAGAGGGAGACGACAAGUCGGUGAAGAGAGAGAGAGAGAGACUGAGAAGCUCGUUUGAAGACUCGGACAUAGACAAAGGUGGAGAUUGUCGGGUUAGUUGUCGGGUUAGUUGUCUCUGAUCCUCAUCAUGGGCUAAACCGAAAAGCCCACAAGUCAUAACUAAAGGCCUGCGAAGAUUCUCAGCACCAAGACCCAUCUCUUUUAGGGUUAUUUGAGAUGCCCGUAUAAAAGAGGAAAAGGUGGGUGACUUGAAGAGGACGGCAACAACAUCAGAUUGUGGAGAGCAGGUGAAAGUUGAUUGUCUUGGUUAAAAGAUCGUCGUAGCAUACCUGAGCAUACAUCAAUCAAGUUAUAAGAACUAGAUAUAUAGUUCAUAGCUCUAUUAUUCGGUGUAGAAGUGAUUAGAGCUUUACUUCUCUUGUAUUACUCUUUGUACUUGAGAUAGUGGAUUGAAAGCGUAGUUCUUCCCCAGACGUACCGCAAAGGGAACUGGGUAACCAAAGCUUUGUGUCUUGUCUCCUAUACAACAAACAAACAAAUUGUAUCAAGGUUAAUUGAUCAAGCAUUAGCUAAACAAAUCUAGCUAAGGAACUAAGGUUUAAGACAGUAAUACAAUCUAAGACCUUACAAUAUAUUGGAGAAUUUAUUCUGGUUUUUUAAUAAUCAUGCAAAUUUAAAGUUGUUACUAAUUACGUACCAACACCAAAUUAUCCCAUUAUACUGUAGCAAAAAUGAUGUGUAAGUGUAUAUAAAUACUUGUGUAAUCCCAUCCUUAAUGAUUAAUUAAUUAUUACAAUAUCGAAUCCCUUGACUUCACUCAAACACGUUCACGAUGGCGUCAUCUGAUGCAACACAAGAUAUUAAUACUUACACGUAUAUAUACACACACAUAAGUACAUAUAUAUACGUGUAAAACAUGAGAUUCUAUUUGCGAAGUCUUUGUCUAUAUAAGUUCCAACUUUUCUCACAGUUGUGUCUUCUUUUCCUACCUCGCCGCUCUUCAACCAAAAUAAUCCCUAACUUUUGUUGGCACAACUUUUUCUUUCAAUGUCAGAAGAAUUUCAAGAAUCCGAGAUUACAUUUUCCGAUGAAUAUUUCAUGAGUAACAACGUCAAGAGUAGCAACAAAGAAAACACCAAAAGACAGCCGAUGGCCACGGAGAAGAAGUCAUCUCCGGUGAGAAUUCCGUCAAGAACUAUUUUACCGUGUACGGUUGAGGAGGAGGAUGAGGAGGGGAAGGAGAGUAUAACUCCUCCACAUGUCAUAAUCGGAAAACGAAGAACGGAAGCGCAAAUGGCGUUUUCCUUCUGUACCCUUAAAGGAAGAGACUUAAGUCGUCACCGGAACUCCGUUCUUAGGAUGACCGGUUUUUUGGAAGUUUAAUUGUUCCAAAAUAAAAUGAGAACCGAUCUGGUUUAGAUUGCUUUUGUUGUAUUUGUAUAAAACAGCUUUGAAGAUAACCGAAUGGAAUCACAAUUUUUUUUUUAAUAUGGUGAAAGAAAAGUUUAGUGUUGGGAAUAAUCUUCCAUUAUUUAAUAUUGUAAGAUGUUAACUUAAUAAUAACAAUUUCAUGUUAAAUUAUUGUUUGGUUUCUUGAGAAGAGGAAAACCAAUAAGAAUAAAAUCUUAGGUUAAGUCGAGUUAUGCUAUAUGAGUUUGCUUGUGAAGUAAUUGGUUUCUUGGCUUGUAGAUCUUGUAUUUGGUAGUUGAUAAAAAAAAAAGAGCUUGUAUUUGGUUCACAUUCAUGAGCCUUAAGAGCAUCCACAAUGGGUGAUAUCC